UGAAUUUCGGUUGGUAUCGUUGGCCUUCAAGUAUAAAACAAUCAUGAAUUUAGGUGCCCCAAUUUCUACCACUGCGCUAUCAUUCACCGGCUGCCGCAGCCACCGACUCUCCACCCCUUCCUGGGCCAAAUUCACAAUUUCCUCCUUCUACCGGAGGAGGUGGAGGAGCUACCCUACCGGAACCAAUCCCUCGCAUCAGUUCUUUUGUUCAAUGUCAACCUCAUCUGCCGGCUCACCCUCUCCGAUUCCACCGGAGAAGCCGAAGCCCCAGCCUUGGCUCGUCGUCGGCCUCGGCAACCCUGGCAAAUUAUACAACGGGACUCGCCACAAUGUGGGGUUCGAAAUGGUGGACGCAAUUGCUGAAGCAGAAGGCAUAUCAAUGAGCAGCGUCUCCUUCAAAGCCCUAUUUGGAAAAGGUUUCAUUGGAGAUGUUCCGGUUAUGCUUGCUAAGCCUCAGACUUUUAUGAAUGCAAGUGGUGAGUCUGUUGGAGCAAUCGUUUCAUUUUAUAAGAUUCCGUUGAAGCAAGUUCUUGUGAUUUUUGAUGACAUGGAUCUACCUUUUGCGAAAUUGCGGUUAUUGCCUAAAGGUGGACAUGGAGGGCACAAUGGGAUGAGGAGUAUUAUUGAUCACUUCAAAGGUAGUCGGGAUUUUCCACGUUUAAGAAUAGGAAUCGGGAGACCUCCAGGGAAGAUGAUUCCUUCAAGUUUUGUUCUUCGCCCAUUUAAUAAAGAAGAACGCACAGAGCUUGAUUUUACAUUGCAAAAUGGCGUGGAAGCUGUGCGAAUUCUUGUGCUGGAGGGUUUUGACAAAAGUGCGACACUUGUUAAUAGCGCCAAACCAUUACAACAAUUUAGUUAAAUUAUUCAAUUUACAGUCUUGCUAUUGUCAAAAAUCAUUUCAAAUGCAAGGAAGGGAUCUGCUCAUCUGCCACUAACACCAGGGUUUGAGCUCGGUACUUGGAAAUCAUUUUUCGCGUUUUCUGUCACCACAAAGUUAUUCAAGGAUGGAGGAAUUCGAACUAUUUGCUCCUUUGGAAGAGUGGUAACUAAGCAAUGGUGUAUUUAUAUUUUACAUUUUUAUAAGAAUAAUGACACUCUUAUCUACUAAAAUCAGUAUCUAAGAAUCUUAUAUCACAUCUAUAUGAGGCUUAGAAAUGAAGAGUGACAUUUGAAAUGGGCAUUAAGUUUGAAUACAGAAGUAUUGGAUUUUGAUUGUUUUA